AUGGACCAUCGCAAGGAGGAGCUCGAGAAGAAGCGCGCCAAGCUGGCCGAGCUGCGGCGCCAGCGCGAGGAGCGCAAGCGCCAGGCCACGCAGACACGCGAGCAGCUCCAGCCGGCAUCGCCGACAGCAUCCAGAAUCGACAUCAACGACCUCGUCAACUCACUGGUCGGCGAACGCUCGCGCUCGCGCUCCAACACCGGCUCCGAGUCGGCGCUCCUGUCGCGCGAGUCGUCGGAAUCGGCCGCGAGCGGCGCGCCCGACCAGCCCGCUGCAGCAGCCGACACGCCGCGCGCCUUCCGCACGGCCGAAAUGGUUGUCAUUGACUUUCCGCCGCGCGAGCGCGUGGUGUACAACAAGGGCGUGCAGACGGCCGCUACCGACGCCGGGUCUGGCGCCGACGCCGACGCCGCGCUUUUGUCCGAGGCCGAGGUCGCGCGCCGCGUGCGCGAGCAGCGGGAGCGCGACGAGCGCGCGCGCGCGGCCCGCGAGGAGGACGCCCGCGUGCGCGCCGCCGAGGCCGCCGAGCGCGAGGCGCAGCGCGAGGCCGAGGCGCGGCGGCUGACGGACACGCAGCUCGGCGGCAUUCGCGCGCUGGACACCGACUACGACGUCACCGUCGACUACGCGCGCGCGCAGGCCGGCGACGCGAGCGACGCGCGCCCGCAGCUGGCGCUGGUGGCCGCGCUGGGCGACGAGCGCACGCGCAACCGCGCCGUCAUGGACCUGGCGUGGUCGGCGCGCUUCCCCGAGCUGGUGGCCGCCGCGUACAACCGCAACCCGACCGCGCCCAACGAGCCCGACGGCGUCGUCGCUGUGUGGAACGCCCACUCGCGCGCGCGCCCCGAGUUUGUCUUCCAUGCGCCGUCCGACGUGCUGCAGGUCGCCUUCUCGGACUUUGACGCGCACCUGCUGGUCGGCGCCGCCUACUCGGGCCAGCUGCUGCUGUGGGACACGCGCGCCAAGGCCCAGCCGGUGCUGCGCACGCCGCUGACGGCCGCCGGCCACACGCACCCGGUCUACGCACUCAAGGUCGUCGGCAGCACCAACGCGCACCACGUCGUCAGCGCAUCGUCCGACGGGCUCGCCUGCGCCUGGCAGCUUGACAUGCUGGCCCAGCCGCAGGACGCGCUCGACCUGACCAACCCCGCCCACGCGCGCACCGACGAGGUCUCGGGCGUCGCGUACCCCGUCAACCGCUACGACCGCGCCGGCUGCAAGGCCGGGCUCAACGCGCUCGACGCGUACCGCGCGCACACCGCGCCCAUCAACUCGCUGCGCUUCCACCCGCCGGGCGCCGCCGCCGACUUCGCCGACCUGUUCCUGACUGCGUCGUCCGACUGGACCGUGCGCCUGUGGCGUGCGCGCCCGGCAGCCAAGCCGGCAUCGGCUGUGCCCACCGACAUGCGGCCGCUGCACACCUUCGAUGCCUUUGACGACUACGUCUACGAUGCGCGCUGGUCGCCCGUGCACCCGGCCGUCUUUGCGUCGGCUGACGGCGCCGGCCGCCUGGCGCUGUGGAACCUCAACGCCGAUGUCGAGCUGCCCGUGUACGCCGCCCACCCAGAGUCCGGCCGCGCCCUCAACAAGCUUGCGUGGGACCGCCCCGGCCGCCGCAUCGCCACCGGCGGCGCCGACGGCCUGGUCUACCUGUACGACGUCGGCGACCUGGCCACGCCGCGCCCGGACGACGCCGCCAAGUUUGCGCGCGUCGUCGCUGAGAUGGCCUCGGCAUGA